GCGCAGGAGUAGUUUGUAUCUCUUAUGGCGGCGGUCGCGUGAAACGUUGUACAGUAUCUGUUUUAUAAUUUGUUUCGUUAUUGUUAAAUGUUGCAGUUAUUUUGUUACUAAGUGCAUUGUUAAACUAAUUCUGUUGUCGACUUCGUCAGCUUAUUAUUUUACAAAAUGUUUAAAAGUUAAAAUGUGCAGUGUUUAUGUUUCUGGUACAAAAAUAGUUCUCGGAUUUUUACUGCAGCACAACACGUUUUGUCAAAAGGUAAAAAGCCACCAUAAUGUCUAAAAAGCCACCCAGGAUCCCAUUUUUCAGUGAUACUUAUACAACAAAAGGGGUACUUAUUUGUAACCCCACAAAUAGUAGUUAAUAUGAGCGACAGAAGUCGCGAGAAAGUUAAGGUGAAACACGCCUAUGACAAUACCUUCAAUGAAAACUCACCUAGGCCUCCGGUACCCGGCGAGGAGAGGGAGUAUUGCGUCAAUGACUGGUCUUCCCCCAUGGAAUGGGUUAGGCACAAGGUGCCAUCGCCAGUACCCAAAAAACAUAAAUAUCCAGCUGAAGUCAGCUCCUCUAUGGGUUUUGACCCUGAAGGAAAUUCUCGUUCAAGACCGUCGUCAAGACAUGACCGGCCUCGAACACCCUGUGACAGCGCUUCUCCUCCAGCCUGUCUUCGUUGGGCUUGCUCCUUGUAUCAGCUUCUGGAGGAUCCAGAUGGUGUUCAACUAUUUCGCCAGUACCUUAAAUCUGAAGGACAAUCUCACGCGGAUGCUCUCGACUUUUGGUUUGCCUGUGAAGGAUUGCGAAAUCAGAGCGAACUGGAAAGGGUUCAACAAAUCAUCAAAGCAAUUUACAAACGAUUUUUUCUAAAAUCUUCCCUUCCUAUAUCCGAAGAACUCCGACGAGAGGUAGCGAGGCAGGUGAAAUCGUCGUCCUCCCUGAAUGCCCCCGUUGCUCUCUUCGAUGAAGCGCAGGCGCAGGUGGAAAGUCUUAUUAGUAAAACCACAUAUCCGAAUUUUUUAAAAAGUGAAAUCUAUCUUCACCAUGUUCAGACCGUUCAAAAUCCGACCAACAGCAGUGAUUUUAGUAGUUCGUCGAGUUCGUCUAGCAGUUCAAUAAGCACCAGAGAUCCUACAAAUUUAGCUAGCAGUAUUGGUCCCCUUCCUACCCUUCAUGAAGAUAUGGAGUUUGUUCCUAGCUUCUCUGCCCCUUUAAGUCAUGCUCCUGGUACAGCAUGUAUGAGUACAGGAUAUCACACCCCAAACAUGGGUGUUCCCGUACGUUUAACAAAAGAUAUACUUUUAGUAACUCAAAGGAGAAGAGCCCUAGACGUUAGGCCUAAACCUGAAGCGUUUGCAGGUAUAAACGUGUGCCGAGGCCUAGGCGCGCAUGCCGCAUACAGUUCCUACAACCCCGUCUCUCGACAGGACAGUGAGUUACAGUCCCUUAGCAGUCAUUCCGAUGCGCGCACUGAGUCCGAUAAUAUGUCGCUCACCGAUAGCUCAGUCGAUGGAAGGUCUGUCCAUCGUAGUUCUCGCCGUCAGGCCGCUUUACAGUCGCGACAAAUGCAAGAAUUGGCCGCGUUAAAUCGUGAAACGAACAUGCAUCAGACGCUAAUACCUCGCACGCAACGCUUAGAUUCGCGCCAGUACCAGGCCAUGGAUCCAAAGAAGUACGCGGACAUGUUUGCCCCGAUGCUUAUCGAAAAACUCGAGAAGGUUAAACGUGAACAAGAAUCUCAGGAAUUACUCAACAGAAAACUCAUGGAGGGUGAUACGCCCUGUUUAGAAGACAAAACUAGAAUCAGUAACCUCCAAUCCCGCGAAUUGGCUAAUGCCAUUAGGGAAAAACUUCAAGUGGAUGAUGAUAACGACCAAGACAUUCUAGAUCAGCACGUUUCACGUGUAUUUUCCGACUUAACACCCGCCAGAUCACCAGGCAUUACCAGUCCAAGUAAACCGAGAUGGACGCAAGAAGUGUAUCAGCGACCGCGAAGAAAAGAAAAGGACGGGUUUUCGACCUUUAGCAGUGAUUCUGGAAACGUGCAUGACUUUCCUGAAGGUCAUAUGGUCAAGUCAAAGAGUGUACCUGAUUAUGGUGACGAGAGGGAUAGAUUUGUCAGAGGAACCAGCAGAAGAUCGUUGUCAAAGAAAACUUUGACCGAUUUGACUGAUAGUGGAGUCUCUGUGGUAUCAGAUACACCUCCCGUUACCCACCCCGCCUUGGCAAAGGACAGCAGGGUAUUGGCCUGGAUAAUGGAGUCCGAUAAAGGUGGACGUGGAGUUGGCCAUACCCACAGUGAAAUGUCUGGGAAACAUGGCAGGUAUCGAAAAACGUAUAGUGGUUCCAGGUCUAGCUCGUUAGAGCGUGGUAGCGUUUCAGGUAGUUUAGGGCCCGCUCAACCCUUCGUAGCCGAUCCCAGUAUGCCUCCCUUGCCUCUCCCAAAUACCUCCAUUCAACUGGAAGAAGCCCGCAGAAGACUGGAAGAUGACGUUCGAACGAGAUCACGUCAACGAUGUUCCAAUAAGUACUUUCCGGACAUGGCGCAAAGCAGUCAGUCGACAUUGAGGAAGUCGACGAGAGGUCCGAAGUCUGCAGGUGUAGGUUCAGAGGAUGUAACCACCGUGGUGUUUUCGUUUUGUGACGAGCAGUUUCCAUACAGAGUCAAAAUACCUGGGAGACAAAUCACGCUACGCCAAUUUAAGGAGUACUUGCCGAAGAAGGGGAAUUACAGGUACUUUUUUAAAACGGAGUGUGAAGAUCUGGACAACCAGAUUAUUCAAGAAGAAGUUAGUAACGAUUCUGACAUAGUUCCUUUGCUGGAAGGCAAAAUAAUGGCGCAAGUGAAGCCUAUCGACUGAAAAAACUAAUCCGUAGUUAAAGAAUUAACGACAACGAACGUGUUAAAAUGCGGCGCGUAAGCGUAGUAGUAAUUUUUCUUUUGAAACUACCUAAUCCUUUUACUAUCUAAUUCUUAAACUUACAUUAAUUAUUUAAGACUCGUGUUUAUUAGAUUAAUUUAUUGCUAUUAUACUGUACUGUUUCGUUUAUGUAUAUAUCUAUACAUAAUUAUAUAUAUUAUAUUACACACGAACACUUACACGACGUGAUUUAUUAAUUUUUAUUUUGCGAUUCCGCAAAAACAACAAAAGGCGCUAACAUUAAUAAAAAUAAAUUAAUUUUUUACUUAUGUACUUCUUAAAGAAGAAGUUAAUCUUAAUUUACAAUUAGUUAACUUAAUCGGUUUUUAUGUUUUAACAAAGAACUUUAAAAGCACGUCUACCACAAUUAUGGACACAUGCGUACACUGCCGUUUUUUCACGAUUCCUUUAUCCUAUUAAUCUUUAUCUUCAUUUUAAUUACACGUUUUUGUGUAUAUGCCCGCAAGCUUUUCAAAUUGAAAAACUGAGUAGGUGAUACUGCCCUGUUAUAUAAACAUAUGAUACAUGUGAAAUAAAAAAAGCUUGGCAGAAACAUAAACCACAAUUAUAUUAUUAGAUUACCGAUCGAUUGUUGACAGCAGGUGCAAAUCAAGUGCCUUUCGUGCGUCUUUCUUUUUAUUUUCUUGUCGUGUUUAGUUUUUCAAAGUUCCUUAAUCGGUCAUUUUCUUAUACGUUUCGAUAUGGAAUACGAAUUGUUCAUUUGAAGCCACAAACUAUGUGUUUCUAUUAAAGUGCUCUCAUUAAGUACUUAUAUUUAUGGCAUCUGAGAACGUCGUACAGUUUUUUGGUUGGAAACAAUUUUUAGCAAGCUUAUCGAAGAUGGCAAGACGGGACGACGCUCUUGCAGGGAACAACGCUUUAUGUGGUCAGUUUCGUAACUCCUCGGCUUCUUUCGUCCCGCCGCCAAAAUCAACUUAUUAAAGAUUAGGUUACAUCAUUUUCACUAUUUUGAAUACAAAUCAAUUUUGGAUGUUUCAUAUUUAUUUAAAAGUUACAUAGCAAAUUCAGUUAAUUUCGACUUAAAUUUCAACCAGGUCAAUUGAUCGUUAUAAAUAAAAAAUUCAAUAUCAGAAACAAAGUAUAUAAAAAAUUAUUAAUCGUUAUGAAACAUUGUUAUUAAUAUGGCUUCAAAUGGAUCAGCAUUUCAUAUUUGUCAAACGUUGCUAUUAUCUCUUUAAUUUUUAUCGUGUAGUUUAUAACACUCUGUAUACCUCAUUUCUUUUUUUUAUAUAUGAAAAGUAUUUUUGCCAACUGAUUUUAUUAAUUAUAGAAACUGUAAAUUAUUUAAGCUAGAUGGUAUUUUUCUAUAGACCAAUGUUAAUACCAUUUUUAAAAGAAUGACAAAUAAUUAUUAUUUAAAUAUUUUAGAUUCCGUUUUCAAAAUAUAUGAAACGUUUACUUAACAUUUUUUUCGAUUAAUUUUCAGGGGUCAUGUCAAAAUGAAAUAUAUGAUUUUCUUUAGAUGUUUUGAAUCGAAAAUGUACUCUUACAAUAGAAUAAAUAAAUAUUUAAAGGCAACUGAAAUUCGUAAGCAAAUACCAUGUAAUAAAGUUCUUAAUAAUUUUGACUUAAAAAUAUUUCAAAACAUUUACUGAAAAAGUGUGCAAGUUGAUGUAAAUAUGACCCUUUCGUUAAUUGUUAAUUUUGUAGAUAUUUUCUAUUUAUAGUUGUUUUCAGAUCAUUAUUUUUUUAUAGAGUAUUUUUUCAUUAUCAUACACAUUUCAGUAUUUUAGUAUAACUUUUCGUUAUAGUUUUCGGAUGGAAAGAAGAAAAUGUGCCAUUAACAGACGCGUUUUCCUCGUCACUUAAAAAGAGCAGUACAGACCAAAAUGUCAGAAAAGUACAAGCAAAAGGAAUUCAGGAUUUACCAUUUUUCGUUUUAAUCUUGUUUUCUGACAUUUUUGGUUUACUACUUUGAAAGUAACUUAAUAAGCAUACACUUAAUUUGUUCAUCAGAUUGUUUGUACAUUGUACCUCGUUUUCUUUUACGGAAAAUGUUUUGUUUUGUCCUAAGUAUUUUGCAAAUAAAAUGAAAAUCAA